AUCACAUAGACAUCACUGCGCUUCUGACAGAAAAUCGAGCUGUCGCUCUCCGGUGUCCAUCGUAUCUUCAAACAAAACGUGUCAACUCGAAGUCUACCCAGCGACUAUGCCAUGCCAAAUGGUAAACAAACGCUAGCUUGCCAUAUUAAAUACGAGAGGAGAAAUCACUGUCGGAUUGAGGUGGAUUAGACCAGUUGAAAUCACUUGCACAAGACAUCAACUCUCUGGUUUUCCGUCGAUGAAGCGACCCAAUAAGGAACAAUAAGAUAUUCGGCACAUGUGAGCGAUUCAUGGCUUUGUUAGACAUUUAGAAUUGUGGCAAGCCAAUUCAGCGACAGACAUGAACAAAAGAACGAUUGCUCUCAAGAAUUUGUCUGAGAAGCUGAUGCUACUGUUCCAUAUGCAAAGAAGCCUUUAGACCCGACAAUAAUAGGCUACCAAAAUGACAAGACUCUUCUGGAAUGCGCUCAUUGGGAUUUUGGCAUGCAUUUUACGGAAAAUAGAACUUCGCUUUAAUCGACGUCCUUGUAUCAUGAGAGAAUAAUAUUUGUCCUAGGAACAUGGACAAAGAAUGCACAAGCUUUCCCUGAUGCGAUGAGAUACUCUUCAAGUUCUCUUGAGAAUUGAAGCCAACCAUAUCAACACCGACAAAAAUUCAAGUUUGGACUGUGUUUAAAGCCAGAACCGACAACCAAUUUCACGGGAACACCGUAUCUAUAUUAAAGCAUCUUCACAGACUCGCAGAGCGAGUCUGUGAGCAGGUGAGUGCGGGACCCUGUCUGCCCCACUGUCCAGCGACAUAAUGAGCUGGAGCUUCCUCACGCGGCUGCUGGAGGAGAUCCACAACCACUCCACCUUCGUGGGGAAGCUGUGGCUCACCGUGCUUGUCGUCUUCCGCAUCGUUCUCACCGCCGUCGGGGGAGAGUCCAUCUACUACGACGAGCAGAGCAAGUUCGUCUGCAACUCGGGCCAGCCAGGCUGCGAGAACGUCUGCUAUGACGCCUUCGCGCCGCUAUCGCACGUCCGCUUCUGGGUCUUCCAGAUCAUCCUGGUGGCCAUGCCAUCUCUCAUGUACAUGGGCUACGCUGUCAACAAGAUCGCCCGGCUGGACGAGGACAAGGGCGGGGGAGGGGUGACCACUGAGACAGGGGGAGGGGGUGGAGGGGGCUACACCCACCGGAGGCCCAGGAAGAUCUGCUUCGGGGCGCGGCAGCACCGGGGUAUAGAGGAGGAUCAGGACCAGGACCAAGAGGAUGAUCCUAUGAUCUACGAGGUGCCUGAGCCCGAGCCACCUCGCCGGGUCGACCCACUGGCCCCAAGGCCCAAGCCCAAGGUACGCCAUGACGGGCGGCGGCGUAUCCAGGGUGACGGGCUGAUGCGUAUCUACGUGAUGCAGCUGGUGACUCGCACGGCGCUGGAGGCGGGCUUCCUGGCGGGCCAGUACCUGCUGUACGGCUUCCGCGUGAUUCCUGUGUUCGUGUGCUCCUUCAAGCCCUGCCCCCACAGUGUGGACUGCUUUGUGUCGCGGCCCACGGAGAAGACCAUCUUCCUGCGCAUCAUGUACGGCGUCACUGUGCUCUGCCUCACCCUCAACGUGUGGGAGAUGCUGCACCUGGGCAUCGGGACCAUCUGUGACAUCCUGCGCCGUCGCCGCUGCCCGCCCCAGGAGGACGAGUACCAGCUGGGGCUGCUGGGGCCCAGCGUGGGGGUCUCCGUGGGGGUGCCAGGGCCGGAGCCGGGUGCAGGGGGAGGGGUGGUGGGGGAUGGGGGUGCUGACUACGUGGGGUACCCGUUCUCGUGGAAUGCCCCGUCGGCUCCGCCGGGCUACAACAUCGUGGUGAAGCCGGAGCAGAUCCCCUACACGGACUUGAGCAACGCCAAGAUGGCGUGCAAGCAGAACCGGGCCAACAUCGCCCAGGAGGAGCAGCAGCAGUUUGGGAGUAACGAGGACAAUUUCCCCACUGGAGGGGAGACCCGCGUGGCCCUCAACAAGGACAUGAUCCUGCAUGCCCAUGACCAGCUAGAGGCAGCCAUCCAGGCCUACAGCCAGCAGCACAGGGCAGAGGAACACCUGGGGGACAACCAUGAUGACAAGCCCCAGAGCAACAUCACCCAGGCCCAGCCGCAGCCUCAGCCUCAGCCUCACAAGGAGCGCAAGCACCGCUUCAAACACGGCAAGGGGGGCAGCAGUGGAGGAGGGACUGGGAGCAGCAGCAACAGCAGCAGUAGCAAGUCAGGGGAGGGUAAGCCCUCUGUGUGGAUUUGACCCAGUACACACACAUAUAGACAUACAAACACACACACACACACUCCAGCCCUGGCCUGAGCCAGCACUGACGGAGCCCCAUAUCCUUGUAGUGUGUGUGUCAGUGAGGGAAGGGGUGUCCCCGAAAACACUAGGGCCGGCCCUGAAUGGAGGGCUGAGGUAGUGGGAUGUCAUGUUGUCUUUCUGUGGAUAUUUCAACACCAUGUUGUGCCUUUACAAAUCCCACAAGCUGGAGGAGACUAGCCUACAGUAGUAUGUUAGUGUGGACAGGUGAGGAGAGGUGUGUCAGGAGCAUUAGUGAUUUUGCAGCACGCAGUUGUUUGUCUGGGCUGUCACUGUCUAACCUAAAACACACUGACACAACUCUCUGAAACAGUCUCUAUGUGUUUCUGUCCUUCGCUUUUCCAGUUCCGAAGCAGACACUUGUUCUCUGUUGUCUUCCUACUGUCCCAGUUCUUCCAGUAGCCUGACGACUCACACUAAAUUAUUUUGUUGUUCGCUGCAUACUUUAGUCUGAGCCUGCCAUCGUUUAAGUCAUUUGUGGGGACGAGGGGCACGUGGGGCAUUGUACAAAACAAAGUAAUCAGCGAUUGAAUCGUCUCUAACCAAUCAGAGCCCAUGACGAAUUUUCAAACUGCCGCUUUACCCACGUGUGUUCUGGCUCUGGCCUAACCCAUCGGUUUCUGGACCAAGCAGAUGGCCUCGAAUGUGUUCACAUUCGGUGAGGGUCGGGGAGGUACUCUCAUCCAGACUCAUUGCAGAGAAGAAACUAACGUCUGUGGGCGUGGCGUAGUGUUUGGGGGAUUCUGGGCAGCCAGGCAAGUCUUCCAGAGGAUAUUGGGCUGAGAAAAUGUAUCAAUCGUUAUCACAGUCUCUUUUUGGGGAUUUCUGAUCCAUUUAUUUAUAUCCGUCCAUUCUCUUGGUGAUCCUGAUUUCCAUUCCAGAUUUCGAUCAAGCUAAUCUGCUGGCUGACUUUCUGCAAAGUCACGGACUUCAUAAUACAUUGGCAUCAGAAUGAAUGGACAUCAUAAUGCAAUGACAUCAUAAUGCAAUGAAUGACAUCGUAAUGCAAAGACAGUAUAAAACAAUGACUUUAUAAUGCAAUGACAUCAUAAUGCAAUGACUUCCUAAUGCAAUGAUAAUAAUGAAAAGGUCAAUCAUAAUGUCGAUGUUCACCUUCCCUGAAGGCUAUUGUCUGUCUAUUAUCUCUCCAAGGUCACUGAUGUUUAAUGUGUGUGUGACUGUAUAUCUGACGAAGGCCAAGUCUUUGAGUGCAUCCUCCAAAGAUGGAGAGGGACAGUUCAUGGCUUGAUCAGAUGAAAGUAAGUGGUCAGGGAGAUGGUUGAUGGAGAUGGAGUCUGGUGAAGACCUUGUAGAGGGCUACUCUGGGAACCAGCCUGAGUCAUGGAACCACUGGAGUUCACCUCCUUCACAAUGUGUAUGAGAAGCAUGAAUUAAUACCAUUUAUUGUUAACUCCCUCUGUAAACAUGCACUCUUUUCACUUUAUUUUCUCUGUGUUUCUCCAACUAGUGUGUCUCUAGUUCUCUCCAGUUUGGACCUGUGUAAGGUUUUCUCAGUACUGGGUUGACAUUUCAUCUGUCUGGUUAUUGAGUGCCCCCUGGUGGUAUAGCUUUUAAACUAAGGAUUUAUCAUCCCCUUAGUACAAUAUUACUUGCUUUCUUUUGGUAUCUUACUAGUACUUACUCAUUUCUAGUUACCAAUGAUCACCCUGCAUUCCAAACACCUGAAGUUAGUCUCUCCAGUUACACAGUAGCCCACUGUUAGUUUUCCACGGGCAAUUUCCUUUUCAACCUUUCUUACAAGAGUCUUCCAUACAGUGUUCUAUAUGAGACCAACAAGGCUGCAAUAAAAACAGCUCUCUAAGCUAGCUGUGUUGAUGAAGAUCUGCCUCUCUGUUCUCCUCUGUCCAAGUAUUUCUCUGAACUGCCAUAUAGGCUGCGUCCCAAAAAGCACCCUAUUCCCUAUGGGCCCUGAUCAAAAGUACUGCAAUACUUGUUCUCUGUUGUCUUCCUACUGUCCCAGUUCUUCCAGUAGCCUGACGACUCACACUAAAUUAUUUUGUUGUUCGUGGCUUGCGAAAGUAUUCACCUCCCUUGGCAUUUUUCCUAUUUUGUUGCCUUACAACAUGGAAUUAAAAUGGA